AUGGCAUCGCUGUUUUGCGUGUUCCAGAGAGCGGUCGACUUUGUUGCAGACAGUGCAUGGGCGCUUAAUGCCGCAGUCAGAGACUGUGUGUUCAGCAGCCUGUCUGCAGCCACGGGUCUUGAGCCCGUCCCAGCGGGGGGGGAGCUCCAGCAGGAAGCACGAGAGGCCCCGCUGGAUGAGGAUGACGAGGCUGCAGGGGGGGAGGUUCAGGAGGGAGGGGAGGUUCAGGAGGUGGGGGUGGUUCAGGAGGGAGGGGAUAUCGAGGAGGAGGGGCUUGUUCAGGAGGGGGGAGAUAGUCAGGAGGAGGGGGUUGUUCAGGGGGGGGGGAUGUUCAAGGGGGAGGGGAUCUGCAGGAGGGAGGGGAUAUCCAGGAGGGAGGGGAUGUCGAGGAGGAGGGGAUUGUUCAUGAGGGGGGGAAUGCUCAGGAGGGGGGGAAUGUUCAGGAGGGAAGAGGUGUUGAGAAGGGAGGAAAUGGUGAGGGAGGGGUUGAUGUUGAGGAGGGAGGGGACAUUCUUGAGAGGGGGGAUGAUCAGGAGGGAGAGCAUGGUGAGGAGGGAGGGGGUGAUCACGAGAGGGGGAUCCAGGAGUGGAGGGAGGAGCAGGAGGGAGCAGAGCCCGAGGGUGUUGAGGGUAUUCUUUCAGCAGAGUCCCAGAUUGAGACGGAGAAGUCAACCAAAUUCUGCCAGGAGAAGCUAUUGCCGGGAGCGCCACAGUCGGGGGGAGCUUCCUGAGGAGGCUAGAUCGGACCGGCUGCAGGCUGCCGAUGGCUGGAUGGGACUGGCGGAAACAGGAAGCCAGGGGGAGCCUCAGACAGGACAGCCAUUGAUGGAGACACAUCCUGAUAACAUGCCGUUCUUCCUCCCUGCUUCUCCUGCUCCGUCCGCUGCUCCUGCCCCCCCCCUGCCGACUACUGACGUGGAGCAGCCCGCCCAGGCCCCCCAGUACGAGACGAUCUUCAGCCAGGACGACGCGUUCGUCACGGGGGGCAUCUUCUCGGACGUGGGAUCGGCUGACCUGAGCCCCUUCUCCUGCGGGGACCUCCCCCCCUGGGGGAACGCGGCUGUCAUUCCGUCCGUGCGUGUAUGGGGCAUCUGGAGCGGAGCGGACGGAAAGACGAGCGAUCUGUUGCCAGCUGGGACAGUACCGGGCCCUUUCGACGACCUCUUCAAGAGCUUCGCCCGGCCGCCCCUCUUCUUCCCCACCGUCGAGGAGGUUGCUCUGAUCGGCGAGGGCAACGAGGGCGCCGUCUUUCACGUUCGGGCCCUGGAUGCGCGCGGGGAGUGGCGCGACUUCGCUGCCAAGGCCGAGAAGCAACUAGAGGACGGAACGUACAGGAACACGCUGCCCGGAGAGGCCCGCUCGCUGGACGCCGUGCGCGGCGACUUCUGCGUCUCUCUCGAGGGCUACACGGUCGCCAAAGGGCAGCUCGUCCUGCUUCUCGAGCUGGCCGACCCCGACAACCGCGUGUUCGUAGCCGGGCGCACGCUCGCGCGCGCUCGCGACCUGCAGUGGGCCGCCUGGGUGGGCGAGCGGCUCGCGCGCGGCGUCGCGGCCGUGCACGCGGCCGGCCUCCUCCACCGGGACAUCAAGCCCGACAACUUGCUGCUGGACAGGAACGGCGCCCCCAAGCUCGCGGACUUUGGGGCGGCCGCGGAGGGGGAGCGCGUCGCGGGCCUGGCCUACACGCACGGUCACCUGCCGCCCGAGGCCUACGACGCCAACCGGCAGGACAGGUCUGGAGACGUGUUUGCCACGGGGGCCACGCUGUGGUCGAUCAUCACCGGCAGAACUCCCACUGAGAACUUCGACUUCCCCUUCGAGGUCAAGUUCCACUUUGCCGCGGGGCUGCGCUUCCCGUGGCCCGCGGCGCCCCUCCGCGGACCAGAUCGCGCGCAGGCUGCACCUGGUCGGCCUCCGCCUGGGACACGUGGCGGCUAG